AUGACAGAAUCUGAUGCGCGUAUUCGGUUGUAUGAGCCUUCUGAUGACAAACUGGUCAAGUUCAACAUCGGAAAGGCUUCAAUGGAGGGUCUAACAGUCGCAAAUCGAAGUACCUUUUUCCAUCCAUUCACGUUUAGUGUCUGGGUUGCCCUGGCAUGCAUCAUGAUCCAGUAUCUCAACUGGUGGCCUAAACCAGAGUACGGGUUCCUUGGUUACUUGCAACCUCUUCCAGCCUUUGCAUGCUGGGGCGCCGUUAUACUCUACCUCGCGGAUUGGUUCAACCGCGCAGACUUCGAAGAUGCGUCUCUCGACUUGUUGCGAAGACCAGAUGUCGCGGACAUCGCAACCUAUUAUCGACGAUCACCCUCCUCGGGCCUUUUCGUCCUUGAAUAUGCCGGAAAGUUCGUCGGUCUCAUAGCCAUCGAUGCUUCGAAGAACUCUCAGUCGCAAGACACUCUUAUGGACAAGGGAAAGCUAUCUUCAUCCCUGAAGUCGAAGCAUACAAUACCUCAGGGAACAUCAUCCGUCGCUACAAUCCGUCAUUUUUAUAUCGAGGAGCCGUAUAGGAAAGCAGGAAUUCAGGAGGACCUGCUCGCACAUGCCGUACAGCAUGCAUUCAAAGCGGACAAAGCAGUCAAAGAGAUCAAGGUGACAACUAAUUCCCUAAUACUGUAUGUUCAAAAGUGCGUACGUGACGCCGGGUUUGCUUUGGAGAAGCCUGUUGGCAAGUUUGGUAUUUAUGGGUGGAAAUCUGACCUAUUCGUUCUGCGGAGGACACAGUGGGAAAAGGAAGGUGCUGCCUCGUAA